CUGAUGUCCCUUCGUCUCAAUUUUGUCGCGAAGACCCUAGUUGAGAACCAAGCGCUGUUGUUUUUGACAGUCCACGCUAGGGUAACACAGAUCAGUGUCCUAUCAAGAAUUAUUACUUACUCUCGCGAAGGACGCGAGGGGACGGAAGUCUCGGGGCAACAGUUUGGCCCUCUGUGAGGGGUUGGCCCAGGGCUCCUGCGAGAUACCCAACAGCGCGGGAUUCAGCUCAAGUGACCUGCCUAUUACAUCAUAUGAUGCGGGAGACGCGGAAUGGUGUGGACUUGGCGGGAGGCCUCAAAACUUUAGCCCUUUGAACGAGGCAAUAUUCCGUGCGUAUUCCCAGCGAAGCUUCCGCGAAAGGCCUGCCUCGCCUUCGUGACAUCACGCUUAGAUACGUUCGCGCUAAGGCGUGAACGCGGAAGCUGGACGGUCGAGCACCGUCAGAGGCUCUGCAUUCUGUCAGCUGGGCCUUUCAGCCGAAGAUGGGCGAGCGGGGAGAUAUAGAGGCGUACACUCGCAUGGAUCGACGCCAAGCGCUGUUGGAGGUGGUUCGGCUAGCUUUUGAGGAGGCUGGCCUCGGGCUCAGCGGCUCACGGGACGACGACAUCACCUCAGCGGAGGCCGAAGGGCCGCUGCCAACUGUCGGGGCACGACACAGUAGUAGGUGGCGGAGCAAGGAAGAAAAGCUGGCGCCACCGCCACCCGCUCCGGCGCCGCCGCACCGACCAGCAACCGGCAGCAGCUCUCGCCUGGUGCCUGGCGGCCCAUGCAACUGGUGUGGCGUUACCGCGACACCGCAGUGGCGGCGGCCGCGCGGCACCAACAAGCUUCUGUGCAAUGCCUGUGGCAUAUUCUUCACCCGCUACGGCCGACUGCCGGAGCGCUCCCAGGCUCACCCACCGCCAGUCACAGUCGCGAUGCCGGUGACAGUGGACAAGCUGCCAGGCGCCGGCGUCGCGGCGAAUACGGCCGCCGACAGCUCCGCGCACAGCACAGAGGAGCAGCCGGCUGUACACCGCGCCCCGCCACUGGAGCAUGAGGCGCACACCGCUGGCGGCGCCGCCAACGACGACGCGGCCGAAGCUGCCGCCGCCGGCGCCACGGCGCCAACGUCCUCGUCGUCUCCCGUCGGCUGCAGCCCGCUUAAACGCAAGGACGCGCCGCAGGCUGAGGCGGAGCUCUUGAAGUGUAUGGAGGAGUCAGCCGCUGACAGCGCCGCCGCUGCGGCGGCAGCCGCCGCAGCAGUGGCGGCGGCCACAGCCGCAGCCGCCGCGAGACCGGCGGGAACGCCACAGCAGCAGCAGCAGCAGCAGCAGCUGCUGCCGUCCAUGCUGCUGUCACACUUUGGUCAUGGUGCGUUCCUGCUGCCGGCUCACGCUGCAGCCCAGCACUUCCUGCAGCAGAUGGGCGUGGCAGCAGCAGCAGCAGCCCCACCCAUUGCGCGGACGGCGUCCGCUGCUGCUGCCGGUGCACCGGCACCAGAUGCUUCCGGUGCUGAGGCCGCGGCGACAGCAGCGGCGGCAGCGGCAGGGCAAGAGGCGGGCUCUGCGGCUGCGGCCGCGGCGGCAGCUGCGGCGGCAGCGGCGCACCUGAUGCAACCAGAGCACCUGCAGCUGCUGUUGCAGCAGCAGCAGCAGCAGCAGCAGCAGCAGCAGCAACAGCAGCCCAGCUUGGCAGUGGCGCCGCUAGACCUUGGCUUGGCGUUUGCAAGUAGCCUGGCCAUGCACGCCGGCCUACAGCCGCACCCGCAUCCCCUGCACCAGCCCUACCUGUUGCAGCAGCAGCUGGUAGGGCUGGCGCCAUUGCCGCCGCACCUUUGUCUUAGCUCGGCAGCCGCCUCUGCAGCUGCAGCCGCAGCAGCCUCAAGCACGAAUGGCGCGACCACUGGCGCACCAGCAGCGGCAGGAGUAUCGGCCGCGCCAGGGGCCGCAAGCGGAGUGCCGCCGCUCUCCGGGCCCGCGCCGCGUGCCAUGCUCCCACCCGACUUCUUAGGCCGCCCCUUCUCCUUGUCCGCAAACCUCCUCCCGGGCGGCCUGCCGCCGUUCCUUGACCAGGCUACGGCAACGGCGGCGGCAGCCAGCGCGUCGGCGGCGAUAGCGGCGCCCUCCGCCGCGGCGGCGCCGCGGCCGGUAUAUGCGCGCGCCGCGAAGCGGCAUGAACGCCUUCCCGCCGGCGACUCGGACGACAGCAACGUGAGCACGGACUCGCGCGCAACGCACGGCGACGCUGGCGGCCUGUCGCAUGACGAGGACGACGGCGGCACCGCCACCACCGCCACCACCACCACACUCAGCACCACCGCCAACACCACGGUGUCCGCCCUCGGCCUGUCCUGCUCACCGCCCGCGCUGCCCGGGCUGCACUUCUCGCACGCGCUCUUCAGCAGACCGCCAGCCAGCGUGGGUGUCGGCGGCGCGGCGGUGGCGGCGCUGCCGCUGCUAUCGGGCCUGUCGUUGCAGGGAGCGGCGGCCGCGGCGGCUGCGGGCGGGGGAGCACGCGCUCCCGUCAGCCUGGGCAGCAGCGUUGGCAGCGGCACAGGCGCUCACGACAGCGGCAGUGGCAACGACGGCGCCGGCAGCAGCAGCUCGGCGGGCGUCACCGCUGCGGCCGUUGCGGCGGCGGUGUCCGCGUCCGCAAGCGCGUCGGGGAUGGCUGGGCAGCUCAAGGCGCUCAGCGGCGGCGCUGUGCCGCCCCUGACCUUCAGCGGGGCGGAGGCGGCGCUGGCCUACGGCCAGCUGCCUGGGGCGGCCCAGCCCUUCAUCCUGCUGCCCUCGAGGCGCAGCAAGGGGCCGCGCGCCGGCGGGCGCGCGUCCAGCGGCACACCUUCCAGCUCAACACAGUCGUGAGCAGGCUGCACGAGAGGUCCGAGGCGCGUGGGCAGGAGGUCUGGCUGGCCGGCGCAUGCCAUGCGUGGUGCAUGUCAGCGGGAUGGCGCGGGUCAGAGUUGGUUACCGCGACGGAGGCCGGGAAAGCACACAUCAGCAUGAAAGCACGUGCAGCGCGCAAGCAGCGCGGCGGCAGCAGCGCGGCGGCAGCAGUAGGUAGUGCGACACCUGCGCCCGCCUGGGUUCCCGCAUUGGGCCCCGGCGUUUGCUGCCGCCUAUUGGAUAGGCCGGAGGCAAGGGGAGCGGCAGGGCCAGGGCGCACACAGGCGAGAGCACACACAUGACGGCGGGCAGGCCGUGCCCUGCUGCAUCGUAUUCUUCAGAAAUUCUUCGCUGUUUAAGCAUGGUGAUAAAAACGAUGAUUGUAAUGCCGAGGUAUUACGGAGGUGCGGGAGAGACCCCCAGCUUACACCACGCUCCUGCCACCCGGCCGGUGUACUGGCCAACCCGCCGUUUGGCUCCAGUCGCUACCGUGCACCCAACGCGCCAGUUAGCGCGGGGCGUGGUAGGGCGGAGGUUUUGAGAGGCGGGCUUUGGUUUCAGGCGCGGCGUGCAUCAUUCGCUGUAAGUAUCAUGGAGCCAGGCGCCGGUGGGUUAUAUGUUUUGACGUGGCGCGUAGCGCGCGUAGGACUGCCCUUGGGGCAGGACGCGUUGGAGCACUUCUUGGCUGUUGGUGGUGGGUCGCUGUCAUAGGUGCUGUCGCGCACUAUGCAGAAUUCGCGCAUUGCAUUCACGUGGCAAGGAGGAAUACCAUCACACGCACAAUACCACAAUGCACAGCUAGGCUCGUGCACGGGAGAAAGCGAGCGAGCAACAGAAGCUUAUUUGCAGGCAUGCAGUUGGCACCCAACUGCGAUGUGUGUGUGUGUGUGUGUGUGUGUGUGUGUGUGUGUGUGUGUGUGUGUGUGUGUGUGUGUGUCGGCGUGUGUGAUGGACCGACGGGAUUUGGGAACACUUUGUCGAGGAACCGCCAGCUCCAUCAUCACACCGUGGAGGAGCGCAACACGCGCAUUGCCCUCGGCUAUCUUGCGCCGCGCCGUGGCAGCAUGGGGCGUAAGGGGGGAAGGGGGUUUGUACCAUAAUUUUGUUUGUUUGUUGUUCUUUUUGGUCUCGCCAUCCCUGCCUCCGCAUCGAGGUGCAGUUGGGGCAACAGCCUGGGCUGCACGGUGCAUUUGGGGCAGUUACAAGUGUCGGGCUGCGCGUGCCUUGAGCACAUCAGCCUCGCCCGGGUAAACAAGGACGCUCACUGUGCAGUAGCAUGUUUGGCGACCUGGCGAGGUGGGUGUGGUGCAGUGAGAGCAUGAAGCUCCAGUGCCAAGGUAGACUGUCCAAUUCGUCUUGGGUAGCUCUCGCUGUUUAGCUUCGUACCGGUAUUUACGCGCCAACCGCUAUCUUGCACCGAAGAGCUCGUUCUUUCUUUCUUUGGGCACUUGAGUACCCUAGCAUGGCGAGCAAGUAUAUUAGUAAGUCCGUGGCCUGGCGAGUAGUGGCUGAGUGGUCGCCGUGUGUGUACGUGUUUGAAACUGUCGGGGCGUGGCGAGUUCUGUGUGCUUAAGGCCGUGCUGCGAUGUUGAGUUGCGCGCCGUGGGUGCAAAAGGAACCCCUAGUGCGGGCGGAGAGGGAGUAAGACCUCCGGCCGCUGUAAACGCACCCAUGCGCACAUGCACGCGCAGCCUAAACGCUGCGCUGGGGUAUCGAGCGGGUGGAUGAAGAGUAUCAUUGUGGGUGAUCUAGUUUAGUUCCUGUAGUUCCAUUGCUGUAAAUUACUUGAAUGCUGUUGCCGGAUGGUCAGAGGGUGUCGAUUGUCAGACAUGUGUGAGUCUGGGUGCGUGCGUGCAAAUCUGCUCUCUCCCUUGCCUCUGAAGGUGAACAUGUAUGUGCGUUAGACGUUGUACAACAGGUCAGUAGUAUGAGCGUGUUUGUGUUCAGGCAGCUAGGCACUGUCACGGCAGUAGCUGCGUUUGCAGGCAGUAGCUACGUUGCAGGGAAGACCGUCGCUGGGUCAUUGCCGCGAGCAAGCAAAGCCCAGGGCGUGGUAAGGCGCUGCCAAGUGUUUGGGAACAAAGAGGAGGGCGAGGAGGAGCCCGGCCGUCUUGUGCGUGCGUGUGGAGGGGGUGUGCGCCGCGAGGAGUGCGUGCGUGUUUGGGCGAUCGAGGCCCGCCCCAUGGUUCUCAUGGAAGAAAGCAGUCGUGGAUGUGUAACAUGCAAAUGAC